UGUGCAUCAUGAAAUCCCUGCUUGUUGGACUCAUUGUUUUCCUUUUUGAAAAACUUUUUAUUUUAGCCAAUUUUAAAAAGUUUAGCCUGGCCAAAAAGAAAAAUGGAAUUAGGCGGUGCUUUGAUAUUUGUUAUCUCAAGAGAGGUGACUUGUUGGAGGUUCCGAGGACAUUGUUUGUUCACUAUGGGAUCUAUUUAGGGAAUAAUAAGGUGGCUCAUUUAAUGCCAGAUAUUCUUCCAGCUUUGUCUGACAGCACCAGUUUCAUUGAAAAAGUGGUGACCAACAAAAGGCUGAUAAUGGGCGUUCUAGCAAAAGUAGCCAGUAUUAGGGUGGACAAUGUGCAGGAUUUUGCUUAUGGCGGAUGUAUAAUAGUUAAUCACAUGGAUAGCAGCUUCAAGACAAGUCCUCUACCUAAUGAAGAAGUGGCCCAGAGGGCUGAAAAACUGGUGGGGUCCACAUCAUACAGUCUUCUGUGGGACAACUGUGAGCACUUUGUGACAUAUUGCAGAUACGGCGUCCCUGUGAGCUUCCAGAGCGAGAAGUUCUGUGAGACAGUCAAGAGGAUUAUCCGCGACCAGAGAAGUGUCUUGCUUUCUGCUGUUCUCGGGAUGGUGUCAAUGCUUUGUAUGGGUCUAGGGAUUUGCACCACCCUGCCCACUUUUCUUAUUACCUUCUCAUUAUGGAUGGCAAGCUGAAAAUACAAGAUGUUUGAUGGUUUAAACGACGUUCGCUACUGCCCUGAGCAAAAUAAUGUUGGGACCUGCUAUGGAGAAUGUAUACGCAGUUUUAGUGCUUCCCUGUUUGCUUGAUGUGUACAAGCAAAAGGACACUCUUCAGUAUAACAUCGAAAAGUAAUCAAGUUUGGAAAUGGCAUUGAUGAAAAAAGUACUUCAGCACUGAAGAAAUAGUUUUCUAGAAGAAAUAGCUAUGUAAUUAGCAGGACUUAAAGCCACUUACAGAUUCAGUCAUAUCAUUGGUUAAAUGUGAUUUAUCAUGCUAUGGAAAUAGUUAAAUAGUGUGGAAAUGUGAUAUUUAAAUAGUAUAGGCCAAUAUGCAUAUUGUGGCAAAAUCUUGUUUCAGUGGUUUGGAAAAGGUAAUUAACUAAUCAGACUGAAUAGAUAUUAUACCAUCUGGAUUACUUUUAAACUUGACAAAUGUUUGUAAAUUUUUUGUGCAGUCAGGAAAUCUGGAUGCCUGCAUUUAAACAUGUAAACAUCUUAAAUACUGCCCAAUAAUGUAAGUUUAAAGUUAUCCUCGGUUUAAACUUCAUCAGGGCAAUACUAUAUUUCUGUUUAUAGUCUGCUGUACUAAUUUGCCUUAAAUAGGAAGCUGUAACCGAUUAGUAGAAUUGCAGCUUAUAGAGGAUGGGAAAGCUUGAAUAAACCAAGUAGCAGCCAUUUAGUUAUAUGGCCUGAUAUGGAACCUGAAGAAUAAAGUGUAGUUCCAACCUGUAUCCUGUGUCUUUCUUAAUUUAUUAUGAAGUCUUCGGGGCUCCAUUUAAUCACUUAUGUAGGCACUGCUGUAUAAAACAUUGUUUGUGUUUAAAACAGAUAUGUAUGUAUGUAUUAUGUGUAUAGUGUAAUAUAGCAUUAGGAUUUUUUUAUGCGUGUUUAUGGCCAUUCAUCUUGUGUGAGAGAAAUAAAAUGGUAUUCUGUGCACGUCAAUAAAA